AUGAAGAACAUGUGGUUAUGGCGCUUCCUGCCCUUGGCGCUAUUAUUUCUGCGAGUAUUCGCUCUCGAAGCCAAGGGACCUGACGAUGAUCAAUAUCCGCUCUCAGACAUCGCCCGGGGGUCACAGCACCCCCCCGGCGAUGCCUUCAACUCCAACCCUCCUCCAAACGAGCAUGUCCAACAUGCGCUCAAGACGCUCCGUGAAGCUAAGAUACCCGUGACUACCCCUACAGGAAAGCCGUCUGGUGUGCUCGGCUACACCUGGCAUUACGCCCAAGAAGCAUUCCGAAUCCUAUUCAUGAACGGACCCCCAUCAAGUAGCGGCGCACGAAAGCAUAUUCACCCGAGUAUCGCCAAAGCUGUCGAUGAACUCACGAUUGCGGCGGUAGAGGAUCACGACCCUGAUGCGAUGUUCCUUCUCGCCGAAAUGAACUUCUACGGCAAUUUCUCCCACCACCAGGACUUUAAGCAGGCGUUUCGCUGGUAUGAGAGCUUGGCCAUGUGGGAUGGAAACAGUACGGCACAGUACAUGCUUGGUUUCAUGUAUGCUACGGGGAUUGGCGGCGGGGCUGAACGCGACCAAGCCAAGGCGUUGUUAUACCACACUUUUGCCGCAGAGGCGGGGAAUACCAAGUCGGAAAUGACUCUUGCCUAUCGAAACCAUGCCGGUAUUGGCACUCCCAGAAAUUGCGACGAAGCAACCUUUUACUACAAGCGCGUGGCGGAUAAAGCUAUUGAUUACCAGCGAUCUGGGCCACCUGGUGGCAACGGUAUGGCUCGUGAAUCAUACCGCUGGGCUGACGAAGAGGGCGGAGUUUACGGCCAAGGUGCUAGUGUAUCUAGCUCCGGCCCCAAUGCGCUGCGUGGUAACUCAGCUGUUACCGAGGCCAGUCUUGAAGAUGUUUUGGAAUACUUGGAUCUCAUGUCUCGAAAGGGUGAAGUAGCAGCGACAUUGAACCUAGGAAAGAUGUACUAUGACGGCGCCAGGUCCCUUCCAAAGAACUAUAAGAAGGCAAUGAGGUAUUUCAAGCAGGUGACAAAACGAUACUGGAAUAAGGAUGGAUCGCUCAACCCGAACCACCCCGUUGGGAUCGAGAAAGCAGCCGCCAAAGCGGCCGGUCAUAUUGGCCUCAUGUAUCUACGCGGUGAAGGUGUAGACCAAAAUUUCGAUACCGCCUAUGCCUGGUUCAAACUCGGGUUAGCCAACGGAGAUUCGCUCUGCCAGCACCAAAUUGGGCUCAUGCAUCUGCAUGGUUACGGAAUGCCGCAAGACGCUUUCAAAGCAUCGUCCUACUUCAAAGCGGCAGCCGAUCAAGAUUUUCCGGCGUCCGAAACCCGGCUGGGCGCGUUGUUCCUAGACCAAGGUGAUGUUGUGACAGCUACGAAAUACUUCGAGCUGGCUGCACGUUGGGGAUGGAUGGAAGCAUUCUAUUAUUUAGCGGAGCUAGCCAACAGCGGCGUUGGGCGACAGAGGCAUUGCGGGCUGGCUGCAUCUUAUUAUAAGAUGGUCGCGGAGAAGGCAGAAAUUAUUCACUCUUCCUUCACCGAGGCAAAUGACGCAUAUGAGAGUGGCGACAAAGAGGGAGCAUUUAUUCCAACUCUCAUGGCCGCAGAACAAGGGUAUGAGAAUGCCCAGGCGAAUGUUGCAUUCAUUCUCGACGAGCAGCGCUCAUUGUUACCACUGGAGAUCAUCCUCCCUGGGGCAAAGAAGCCUCGCCCGUCAUUACUCCGAAAUGCCGCUUUAGCUCUUAUUCAAUGGACUCGCUCAGCUAAGCAGGCGAAUAUCGACUCUCUGCUCAAAAUGGGCGACUAUUACCUGAGCGGGACUGGCAUCACCAUUGAUGCCGAAAAAGCUUCGACUUGUUACCACACGGCUGCUGAAGCUCAUUACAGUGCGCAGGCGUAUUGGAAUCUUGGCUGGAUGCAUGAAAAUGGAGUUGCCGUUGAGCAGGACUUCCAUAUGGCCAAGAGAUACUACGAUCUUGCGUUGGCGACAAACCAUGAAGCAUACUUGCCCGUUAAGCUAAGCUUGCUGAAACUUCGGGCACGAAGUGCGUGGAACAGCUUCACCAAUGGAAAGAUCAACUCCAUUCGAGAAGAUGAUGAGCCCAAGCCCCGCCGCACUUUUAGCGAAUGGGUCGCUGCAUUCAUUGAGAACGACGAAGAGCAAGAUGCCGCGUACCGCGCACAACUGUAUAAACAGGGCGAAGCGGACGAUGAUGAUAUGUUAUCAGGAGACUACCAUCGUCUGGACGACCACGAGGAUGGUUAUUAUGACGACCUCGAGCUUGACAUUGACGAAAGCGUUUUGGAAGGCCUUAUCAUUCUAUCCUUGGCUGCAACUCUUAUGGUGUUGGUGUACCUGCGGCAGCAACGGAAUAAUCGCCAAAGACCAAACGAUAACCAGAACGCCAACGCAGCCGGGCAAGCCAAUGGGAACGACCGGGGCUUCUUCCCUCGCCCUGGGGAACCUGAGUUUGCUCAAUGGGUGGCCGGAGGAGUUGGUCAUUAG